GCGCUUGAGUGUGCAUUUUCCGAAACUUUUCCUCACACUUCCACGGAACUUUUCCGAACAAACAGAGGCAAUUUCGAGGCGACUCUCUGCCAAAACGGUUCGCGUGCUACUCGAUCUCCGGAAUUCAAUGAAAAGUUCUACAAAAGUUGCAUGAUCUGGAAAAUAAAUAACCAUAUAUUCAUCUUCGGGAUUUUGAAUAAACAACUGUUAACAUUUGUGCCCUAGUUGAGUUUUGAAUUUUGUUUUUUCUUCGCGACUUUCCCACGAUUUGGUGUCGAAAGUGUAGGAAUUUCUGUGUCACUUCUACUAAAAUAGCAUACCAGCGAUGUCAGAGCCCGCAGCCCAACAACAGCAGUCCCAGAACGGCAAGGAGCGCUCCAAGUCCACGGAGGAGAAGGAAGUACCACGCGAACCGGCGCUGGUACUCAAAGACAUCGAUAUAAAGACUGAGCUAGAGAGCCUAGUGAAACUGCUCGAUGGCAAGAUCUACAAGGAGGAGGAGGUGGCCAUGGAGGAGCUCCAUCAGUAUCUGAUCGAGGACGAUGGCUCCUGGGCGCUGGGCGACAACUUUCUGAUCUUCGUGCAGCGCGUCCUGCGCGACAAUCAGGCCUUCUCGCCGGACACACGGAUACACCUGAUCCGCACGCUGGCCUAUGCGGCGCUCAAAGACGAUGUGAUCAUCAUUCUGCACCAGGAUCGAAGGGAUCACACACUGAUGAACUACGCCCAGGACAUUGACAAGCAGACGCCCGAGGAGCAGCAGGCCUGGGCCAUGUUUAUGUGCAAUCUGUUUGAGAACCUGGGUCCCUCCGAAUGGCUGUUGUACAUUUCGGAGUGGGAGUACAAUGGUCAGACCAUCUCCAACAUACGAGUGACCACCAAGGUGGCCGUCCACUGCAUCCUAUCCAAUUGCCCGCAGCUGAAAAACAUUGGCAGCAUGAUCCUGUACAACAUUGCUAUUAAGGAAGUGAAGACUGUGGUAUUCGACGAUAUUGCCGUGGAGCUGGCCAUGGCCAUUCUUCAGUUCUUCCAGAGCAGUCCCAACGAAGACCAGAUCUUCCGCACCCUGAAGGCCCUCGUUCGUUUCCUCGAGGUCUCGCAAGACGUGCCGAUGAUCAUUCAAAUGAUUGGACCGCAUCCAAAACAAUUCGCCGGCAAGAGCGAGCGCGUGGAUGAGCUGAUAAAGAUCAUCAGUCGCAAGGUGCCCGCCUAAAGGGAGAUUUCCACAUAAGAGAAAAACCAUAACCAUAGUUGCCCUUUUUCUAAUAUAUAUAUAUAAUAUAUUCUAGACCCUCACUUUUGUAAAGCAUUUUAGCGGCUCAAUAAACAUUUGUACCCCCUGA